AUGCACUGGAAUAAUGAAGCCAUUCUUCGAAGUCACUGGAAUGACGCUGUCCUUGAGGUGGUCAAGACAUGGGGUCCAGGGAACGUUUUCGUUAGCGUCUUUGAGAGUGGGAGCUGGGAUGAUUCCAAAAGCGCUCUCCGGCAACUUGAUAAUCAGCUGGAUCAGCUGGGCGUACGACGAAACAUCACACUUUCCGACAGGACUCAUCAGGAUGAAGUCUCGGCUCCUCCCUCAGGAGACGGUUGGAUUUAUACGUCCCGUAACAAGGAAGAACCCAGACGCGUGCCUUAUCUCGCCCGGCUUCGUAACCUGACCUUGAGGCAUUUAGAAGACCUAGCGCGACAAGGUAUUACUUUCGAUAAAAUACUUUUUCUGAAUGAUGUGGUUUUUACGGUUGACGAUGUCCUAUCGUUACUCAAUACGAACGACGGUCACUAUGCUGCAGCCUGUUCUCUGGACUUCUCAAAAACACCUCUAUUCUACGACACGUUUGCUCUUCGUGAUAUCGAAGGUUACGAGCACAUAAUGCAGGAAUGGCCCUACUUUCGCGCUGCAGCUUCAAGAAGGGCGCUUUUAACUAUGUCCCCUGUGCCUGUUAAGAGUUGUUGGAAUGGCAUGGUGGUCAUGUCGACAGAGCCCUUCUUGUCAGAAAGCCCAUUGCGUUUUCGAGGCAUUUCAGACUCCCUCGCGCGUCAGCAUCUCGAGGCCUCUGAGUGUUGUUUGAUUCAUGCGGACAAUCCUCUGUCGAGUACCAGGGGUAUCUAUUUAAACCCUAACGUGCGGGUCGGCUAUAACGCAGCAGCGUACGAUGCCGUUCACCGCACUUCCGCCUGGAUCGGGUUGCGACAUAUAGCUAUGUCUCUCUGGGAGAAUCGGCUUCGACGGUGGAUGACAACACCGCUCCUCAAGAGACUCGUCGUUCGGAACCGACUUAAUCGGUGGAAAGCAGACGCCGAUGAUAGAGUCGAACCCGGAGAGUACUGUUUGGUUAAUGAGAUGCAGGUUCUCGUUGCUAACGGUUGGGCACACGUGUGA